AGUUCUGCUCGGCUGCCAGGGUAUAGGGCAAUGGGAGAGCCAAUCAACGAAUCGCGCAGCGCUCUCUUUAAGCCUGACAUAUCUCCAACAGGAACAAAUUGUCCCAACAAUCAACAUCCGAAUCUCCCGUGCGCAUCAGGGGUGGAGUGGAUAUUGUCCGGACGCCGGAUUGCACUGGGUUCUGGAACACAAUAACAAACCAGUGAAGAAUAUAUAGACAGAAAAACAGCAAUCCCUCUGGAUAUCGGCGUUGGGCUGGGGAUUGAGACCCGACAUCAUGUCAAUACUACCUUCGUUUGGGUUUACCCAGGAGCAAGUCGCCUGCGUCUGCGAGGUCCUGCAACAAGGAGGUAACCUCGAGAGGCUCGGUCGUUUUCUCUGGUCUCUCCCAGCGUGUGACCACCUCCACAAGAAUGAAAGUGUACUGAAAGCAAAGGCGGUGGUCGCCUUCCACCGAGGGAACUUCAGAGAGCUAUACAAGAUCCUGGAGAGCCACCAGUUUUCCCCGCACAACCAUCCCAAGCUGCAGCAGCUGUGGCUGAAAGCGCACUACGUGGAGGCGGAGAAAUUGCGCGGCCGACCGCUUGGAGCGGUGGGGAAGUAUAGGGUAAGAAGGAAAUUCCCUUUGCCCCGCACAAUCUGGGACGGCGAGGAGACCAGCUAUUGCUUUAAGGAAAAGUCCAGGGGUGUUCUUAGAGAGUGGUACACGCAUAACCCCUAUCCCUCCCCGCGAGAGAAAAGGGAGCUGGCCGAGGCCACGGGACUGACCACUACGCAGGUCAGCAACUGGUUCAAAAACAGACGCCAGAGAGACAGAGCCGCAGAAGCUAAAGAAAGAGAAAACAGCGAAAACAACAACUCCGGUAACAACAAACAGAACCAGCUGUCUCCCCUCGAUGGCGGCAAGUCGCUCAUGUCCAGCUCGGAAGAUGAGUUCUCUCCACCACAAAGCCCUGAUCAGAACUCUGUGCUUUUGCUCCAGGGAAAUAUGAGUCACCCCGGCGUCUCCUCUUACCCUAUGACGGGUCUCGGUGGCGCACAGCCGGUGCAUGGAAUGCACGGACACCCGCACCAACUCCAAGACUCGUUGCUGGGACCUCUAACAUCGAGCCUUGUGGAUCUAGGCUCCUAAAGGCAAACUGAUACUAUCUUUUAAAAGACUGAUAACUCUACCAGCUUGAGUACAUAUAUGAAAUUACACUAUGGUACCUUAUAACUAGACUGACCUCUGUCUGUCGUUAAAUUUGGUUAGAACUAUAACGCAAUUAUUUUAUGCGCUUAUCCUGACUUAGGAGGUACCCUCCUUCCCGUGAAAAUACAAUCAAACCCCCUUUUACGAACUCUUAAGUCAACGAGACACUUAAACUGGACUGCCCUUUUGCUUAAUUUAUGAUAUUUCUUGUUCAGAUCAAAUUUAUAGCAACCUCCUGCUAUGGAAACUAAGAAGCGACGUUUUCAUUAAAAUCCUAUUAGUUUCCAAUAAAACAAAAAGAGACGUCAAUUUGUUUAAUGUGUAUUAUUUGUAUAUCCAGUCAAUAAAAUAAAUAGCAUUAUAUCAUAGCCUAUAUUCAUCCCUCAAAGAUAUGUAGAGCAUGGAGAACAAAUAUGGGCUAUAAUAAACCAAAA